AUGGAAGGCUUAGGGGAGAAGAAGCCCUGGGGGAAGCUGAGCCGAUUGCUUGGAGCUGAGACAGAAGCUGCUUCCGAGCUUUUCCUGUGCAAGAAGGAAUGGACAAUUGGAAGAAAGAAAGGCUGCGAUCUGUCAUUCCCUGGAAACAAGUUGGUGUCUGGAGAACACUGUAAAAUCAUAGUGGAUGAACAGUCUGGUCUUGUUUCACUAGAGGACACUAGCACAAAUGGCACUGUGAUUAACCAGCAGAAGGUGGUAAAGAAACAAACAUAUCCCUUAAAGAAUGGUGAUGUUAUCUAUGUUGUUUAUAAGAAAAAUGAGCCAGAACAAAAUGUUGCAUAUCUGUAUAAGUCUUUGAAUUCAGCAGAAGACAAUAUGCAAGAACCAGCAGAUACCUCAGGGAUUGCAGAGGAGACACAGGUUUUGUCCCCACUUCAAGAUUCUUCCUUUACCUGUGAGGAACCUCAGCCUUCCACUUCCACAUUCAGCCUCUUUAACACACGUACUACCUCUGCUAAAGAGCCAGAUUCUUCCUUGAAACUUCAGUCAUCCAUUGAUGAUGGCUAUACCUCUAUAGUUCAUGUCUCUGUCAAUGUCUCUGCUGUGACUGCAGUGAAGAAUCAGCCUGAGAAGCAUCCCGGUACAGGACUUGAUGGACCGAGCAUGGACACAGCCAAGGUCACUUCUCUCACAAGUGAUACAGAGCAAGAUUGUCAGCCUCCUCCUAAAAAGAAGCUGAAAUCUGAAGUGGAAUGUACAAGUAGUCAUGCCCCUCCACUAUCCAGUAAUAUAAAGGGCACAUCAGAGGAUGCUAAACCAUCUAGCGUGAAACCAGACAAGAUGGAAGAGACACUGACCUGCAUAAUUUGCCAAGAGCUGCUUCAUGACUGCGUCAGUUUGCAGCCUUGUAUGCACACAUUCUGUGCUGCUUGCUAUUCUGGAUGGAUGGAGCGCUCUUCCCUAUGCCCUACCUGCCGAUGUCCUGUGGAACGUAUCUGUAAAAACCACAUACUUAACAAUCUAGUGGAAGCCUACCUACUACAGCAUCCAGAAAAAUGCCGCAGUGAGGAAGACAGGCGCAGCAUGGAUGCUCGCAAUAAGAUCACUCAAGACAUGCUACAGCCUAAAGUACGACGAUCAUUCUCUGAUGAAGAGGGAAGUUCAGAAGACCUACUUGAGCUAUCAGAUGUCGAUAGUGAAUCCUCAGACAUCAGCCAACCCUACACUGUCUGCCGCCAAUGUCCAGGAUAUGGUAAACACAAUGUGCAGCCCCCACCUUAUCCUCCACCUCUUGAGACUGAUGCAUCACGGUCUGCAGGGGAUGCUCCACGGUCUGCAGUUUUUUUUUCUUUAGUGACACAGGAAUAUGUAUGCUCUUCCCAAGGAAGUCAUGUGAUCUGUACAUGCUGUUUCCAGCCAAUGCCAGAUCGCAGGAGUGAGCGGGAACAGAACCCUCAUGUGCCACCUCAGCAAUGCACUGUGUGUUUGCAGUCUUUCUGUCACAUGUACUGGGGAUGCACCCGAAUUGGCUGCUUUGGUUGUCUGGCUCCAUUUUGUGAGUUAAAUCUUGGAGAAAAAUGUUUAGACUCUGUUUUAAACAACAACAAUUAUGAGUCUGACAUUCUAAAAAAUUACCUGGCAUCCAGGGGUUUAACGUGGAAAGACUUGUUACAUGAAAGUCUUACUGCAGUUCAGAGAGGAGUAUUCAUGCUUCCUGAUUACCGGAUUAAUGGAUCUACUGUUCUCUGCUACUUCUGUGGUCUACGUAACUUUAGAGAUCUAACCUACCAGUACAGGCAAAACAUACCACCUGCUGAGCUUCCAGUGGCAGUGACAUCACGACCAAAUUGCUACUGGGGCCGAAACUGCAGAACUCAGGUGAAAGCUCACCAUGCCAUGAAAUUCAACCACAUUUGUGAACAAACAAGAUUCAAGAACUGA